AUGAAGGUGGUGACCAAGGGUGGUGGCAAGCCAGUGCUGUGGAGCAAGCCCAAGGUGCUGUUAAAACAACUGCUGACCUUCUUGGGUGUGGAUGGUGAGGACUUCUAUGUGUGGAAGGACCAGCUGCUCAUCACGCAGGUGCUGCAUGGCUAUGAUGACAGCAAGUUCACCCCCAUUGUGGCCUAUGCCCUGGCUGGCACAGCUAUGAAGAGGAUGAGUGUGCAGCCAGCUGCCACUACACAUAUUGCUGUGGCCCUCUUUCUGCUGGUUGAGUACAAGGCACUCUGCAACCAGCUUGACCACUACAAGUCCAACAAGAUCACACAACAGGCUGCAGCCAUGCCCAUGGGUCUGUCAUUAGCUGAGCAGCUCACCAUGCUCAUGGAGGCCAUGGCAUGA